AUGCCUCUACGAGCCUCCGCGGAGCUGUGUUACAUGUAACACCGUCCGGUUCAGCCCGGCUCAGACUCAGAAGCAGCUUCCAGGUUCUCACGAGAAGUUUUUUGUUUUUCCACCGGUCAUGAUGCCUUCAGAAAGUUUACGGUGGAAAACUCUGGAGGCUUUGAGAAACUCCCCGAAGGGAAAGAUCUCGUUCGACCCGCACCGGUGGGAGAGGGGCGAGAAGAUUCUGAGCGGCUAUAAAGAGACCAUCAGCUUGUCUCCUCAAGCUGGCCUCGUGUUGGAGCGUCUCGGCUCCUCGCCCCUGCAGACGUCCUGCUUCCUGGACUCCAGCUCUGGACACUCCAGCCCCGGCCUGUCUGAGCAGACCCCAGAGUCCAUUGUGUCCAGUGAAUCAGGCUCUGACAUCAACGCUCAGACGCUACAAGUCGAGCGUGAGAAGGCUCUUAGUGAUGAGGCAAAGGAUGAAGAUCCAGAGACAGAUGAGAUUUCCAGUCCUGCGCCUCCACCUGCCAUUUCCCUGAUGUCGCCCAAAGCCAUGGAGAUAAUCGGCAGCAUUAUCAAGAUAGAGAAGGAAUAUAGAGAAAAGGCCCAGAUGGCCCUCAGACAGCGACAGGAGAUGCAGGAAAUGUUUGUGGCAGAGUUGGUGAGUUCAGGGUCGGAGCAGCUGAAACGCUUCGAAGAGUUCACGGAGCUGAAGCAGCGGCAGGAUUUCCAGAGCAUAAGAGACAUGAUGGACAGAGAAACCAAAGAGAGCAUCGGGCGACAAGAGAAGCUGAAAGAAGAGCAACGACACAGAAUGAAGAUCCUGAACCUGCGACUGAGGGAGGCAGAGCAGCAGCGUGUGCGCGAGGCCGAGCUGGAGCGACAGCGGCAGGCGGAGGGCAGGGAGAGGUUACGGAACCUCAACACCAUCCAGGAGGAGAUCCUGCAGCUCAACCAGCUGCUGGAGCCGUCCUCCCAGACUAAGAGUGAUCUCCCUGCGGCCAGCCUCAGCUCCUACAGCAUCCGCGGGAACCAGCUGUGCUCGCAGGUGUCGGAGGUGGUGAGAAAGACGGCAGAGGGGGCGUUUCCCAGCGUGGAGGACAUGACUGCGGCUGAACGAGCCCUCCACGAGAUGAGGGCGCUGAUUCGGCUGAUGCAGGAGGAGGUUGCUAAGGUCCAGGAACAUAAAAAAGGGGAGGAGGAGGCGCUCAGGAAGCAGGCGGAGCUGCAGGUGCAGCAGGAGGCGCAGAGGAAGGCGGCGCAGUUGGCCAAAGAGAAGGCACGGAGGAAAGGGCUGCAGAACAGCGCUGAAGACAGUACGUUAAAAUGGUACAAGGAUCUUCAGGAUUCAGGGGCUCAGUGCGCUCAGUCGUUCACACAACUCAACUCCCCUAAAGACGCUCAGACGAAGAAGCUGAAGCUGGAGCUCCAGAAAGCCGCCACCAUCCCCAUCAGUCAAAUCGCCAGCAACUCCGGCUCGCAGCUCCGAGAAAUCUUCGAGAAGAUCGAUAAGCUUCUGGCGGGGCGGUCCGUGGUGUCGGGGGGGAGGUCUGUCUCCACCUCCCAGCAUCCACAGGGCCUGGAGUUCGUCAGCUACAAACUGGCCGAGAAGUUUGUGAAACAAGGAGAGGAGGAGGUGGCGUCUCACCACGAAGCGGCCUUCCCCAUCGCCGUGGUGGCCUCUGGCAUCUGGGAGCUGCACCCACAGGUGGGCGACCUCAUCCUCGCUCACCUGCACAAGAAAUGUCCGUACGCAGUCCCACAUUACCCCCCGAUGAAGGACGGUACAACUGUGGAGGAAUAUCAGAAGAUUCUUGGUUACCGUGUGGAAGACUCCGGGAUUGAAAGUCAGGACAGUUUCCUGAAGAGGAUGUCUGGGAUGAUCCGUCUGUACGCUGCCGUGAUUCAGCUGCGGUGGCCCUACGGCUCCAAGCAGGGGUCCGCUCCUCAUGGCCUGAACCACGGCUGGCGUUGGUUGUCUCAGAUGCUCAACAUGGAGCCUCUGGCCGACAUCACGGCGACGCUGCUGUUUGACUUUCUGGAGGUUUGUGGGAACGCUUUAAUGAAGCAAUACCAGAGCCAGUUCUGGAAACUCAUCCUGCUGCUCAAAGAGGAAUACUUCCCCAGGAUCGAGGCGGUGACCAGCACUGGUCAGAUGGGCUCAGUCAUCAGACUCAAACAGUUUCUCGAGACAUCGCUGCAGAGAGGAGAGAUCAAACCUCCCAAAGGUCAACUGAGCUCCACGUUCUGGAGGUCGUGAGGUGGAGGAGAUUUGAACUGAACGAGAGGAGACGAGCUCCGAGCGAUGCUCAGAAACCUCUGUGCUGCUGAGGAGUCGCUCGUCACUAUCUAUCAAAGCUUCUGCGUCUCCGCUGCCAUUUACCGGACGCCUUCUAGAGCCAAUCGGGAGGAGGCUGAUGCAUGACGAUGCUCGCUCGCUUGUGCAGCUUUGAAACUGGCUGAAGAUGAGAUGUUUCAACCAGACGUGUGAAAUAACAGAUCACUGGACAUUUUUUUAAUUCUGUCUGGCCCUCGUCCAUUUUUGUUUUUUUAGGGUUAAAAAAAAAUUGUCAGGAAAAUGUAUUUCUGCUGCCGCAUAUGAUCGAUAGAAAUCUACCAAACACUAACAUUCUCUUCCUUUGUUCAAGUGAAACUCUGCACAUCUGUGUUUAGAAACUAUCGUUGUUAGCAGCUAAUGCGAUUUAUUUUGUGUUUACAGAAUACGACACUGGCACUAAUCGUGUUGCUGCUGAACCUUGAUCUUUAUUCCAUCGUAAAUGUGGUCGAGUUGUUAUGUGGUAUGUAAAUUAAACACACAGCCCCA